CGCCACAUCCGGAGUGCAAAUUUUACUGGGAUUGCAACUCUGUUGGGGACCCGAUUUUACGGGAAUGCCCGGCCGAUUUAUUUUGGGAUGUUGCCAUAACGGCGUGCAAUCUGCCAGAAAAUGUGCCAGACUGCGUGGGUGGGACCAGACCACCCAUCACGACGACAACGACUCCGACAACGACUACCCCAACUACCACGACACGACCGACAACUACACGGCCAACUACCACGACGACGCGACGACCCACAGCAGCUCCGUGUGGCUCGCAGUGCUGCGUCAAUGAUGUAUAUGACGGUCUUUCCGGACAUUUGAAUGCCACUUUCUCCCCAAUCAUAGAAGUGUUUCAGGGGAGUACAUUUAGCAACCUUUACACGCAUGGCGUUUCAACGUUAGACUUGGAUUGCAUUUUUAACGUAAGCAGCUGGACGGGAGAUAUAAUUCGACGUGCAGGAAACUUUUAUUUCCAGGGGGACUACGAUAUUUGGGGUUAUCUUGAUUUAUUCCCUUUUUCAAGUUUAUGUCUGCCAUCGGGAAGCUUUAGCGGGGCAGGAGUGGCUACCUUUGAGGUGCAAAAUCUCGAUUGGAUCGUAGGAAUUUCAUUUUCCCUCGACCAAGUUCCGGAUAGAUUAACGAUACAAAUUUUGACAAUUCAUGAAAUAUCGUUCGACAGGAUUUAUCUGAAUUUAGGGCCAAAUUUUCGCAUUAAUGGUAGUCCCGUGGAUUGGGAGGCAUUCAAUGCUAAUUUACAUUCUUGUUUUCACACCCAACUUAAGCAGUACAGGAGGGAAAUUGAGACAAAAUUAAAGUUCGCGCUUAACGAACGGUACUCACAGUUUGAUCAUGUAGAAAUUAGUAAAUUUCUUUUCGCCGGGGCAUGUCCGCCUUGCGUGACUGUUUGUCCACAAUGUUUGAAUUUGAGGACUGCAGCCCUUCAAUAGUUAUUAAAAUCACGACAACGAAUAAUUUUUAAGGAACUAGUUCACAGUUUAGGUCUCUUGAUGGGUGUACAUAUUUCAUCAUAGAUUUUGACCCAAUUAGUACAUAUGUAGGUCACAAAUUUGAUUAACAUUAAAUUUGCCAAUUGUCGCGUUUGGCAGAGAUAUUUGCAAUGUAUGUGGGUGCACAAAAUGGAGGUAAUACUUGCAAACUUUCUGCUUCCCAAAUUUACUGUGCACAAUAAACGCAUGCGUUUUCUCCUCUUUAAAUGCAAGUAUCUCUGCCAAUCCUGCGCGUUGGGAGAUCGUGCCCUUUUCAAAUUUCAUAUGUAUUAGUUAAUUUUGUGCUCGAUCGACUCUAUAGUGUCAAAAUCGGAGAGCAUACGUUAGGACGCCUCCAGUUUAGUUGUGUCAGUGAGUUUAUAAGUAUAACAAAUGUUCGUACUAAUUUCUCGCCACGAAAUGCAGAUGAUGUACAUACAUCUUUACAUAUGUAUUUACAAGUUUACAACAGCGUUCUUCCGCAUAUGUAUGUACGUACAUAUGUUGAUGUACAUACAUAUUAAUGUAUGUUGAUAAAUAAAACUUGUUAUGCAUUUAUUCAAAGAUUUUGUUACGUGGAAUAUUGUGUUUGAGAAAAUAAUUAUUGUGUCGCGUUGCGUUGAUGAAAAAAUAGAUAAAUAAAAAAGUUCAUUUGAUUGACAGGGUGAUUUUUGCAAUAAUUAGUUAAUUGGGUAAAUGUGUGUUGAACUUGAGUGUUAAUACAAAUUUGACUUGUCAACAGGGCAUGUUCGACAUUAAUUGAUUAUUUGACUAAAAUUGAGAUGAAAUCAAUUACAUAUUUACAUACAUAGCAGUGCUCAUGUUGUGUUCGAGUGGAUAUGCACAAAUGCAUACUUAUAUAAAUAUGGGGGAUUCUUAUUAUUGUGCGUUUGUUUGUGCAACAUGGUUAUCAAGCAACGUUUCAUAAUAACAUUAUCCACCGAUAUUUACAUACUACUCAAUUAUAAUUUUGACCACGUCUAUUGAAGGGGGGAAAACCCAAUCCUUGGUAAAUUAUCGUACUUAUUGUAAAUGUGUAUGUAAAUGUGUUUAAAUGUACACAAGCCAUUUAAGUAUCCAGUAUGUACAUUUAAUAAUUUACGAUACUCUUUAGAGUAAUUUAUAUUAUGCUAAUCUCUGCCUGAAAUUGGUGCAUCCACACAAAUGGAAAAGUUAUUACAAUAUCGAGUAACCCUUGUUAUCGUGGCAGUGUACAGUGCAGUAGGUUUUUUAGGGUGUGUGACAGGGCAGGAGAUUUGUAAUGAUGGGGAGCGAUAUUCGCCACAUCCGGAAUGCAAAUUUUACUGGGAUUGCAACUCUGGUGGGGACCCGAUUUUACGGCAAUGCCCGGCCGAUUUAUUUUGGGAUGUUGCAAUCACGGCGUGCAAUCUGGCAGAAAAUGUGCCAGAAUGUGUAGGUGGGACCAGACCACCCAUCACCAACACAACAAUUCCGGCCACAACGGGACCAACUAUGACGACACGGGCGACAACUACACCAUCAACUACGACUAUUCGUCCAACUACGACGACGCGACGACCUACUGCAGCUCCGUGCACCACACCAUGCUGCAUCGAUGAUGUCCAUGAUGGUCUUUCUGGGCCCUUGAACCUGACCUUUCACCCAAUCGUCCAGUUGGAUGAGGGAAGUGAAUACAGCAACCUUUACACGCAUGGCGUUUCAACGUUGGAGUUGGAUUGCAGGUUUCCUAUACCCGCCGGGACCGGACAGAUAACUAGACGCGCGGGAGACUAUCAUUUCCAGGGGGACUACGAUAUUCAGGGUUAUCUUGACUUAAACCCAUUUUCAAGUUCAUGUCUGCCAUCGGGAAACUUUAGUGGGACCGGAGUAGUUACGUUUUCAGUGGAAAAUCUCUACUGGCUUGUCGGGACGACACAAUUUACCGACAUAAUUUCGGGUAGAGUAUCAAUUCGAACCUUGACAAUUCAUGAGAUAUCGUUCGACCGGAUAUAUCGGGAUUUGGGGCCAAACUUUCGCAUCAAUGGAAACCCCGUGAAUUGGGAGGUAUUCAAUGCUAAUUUACAUGCUUGUUUUCACACCCAACUUAAUCAGUACAGGGGGGAAAUUGAGACAAAAUUAAUGUCCGCGCUUAACGAUAGGUAUGAGCGGUUUACUAUUAUAGAAGUUGCCGAAUUUCUUUUCGAUAGGAAUUGUGCGCCUUGUUCAAUUGUUUAGAAUAUUAGAAUUUGAAGAAUGCUGCCCAUCAAUUGGGGAACUAGAACCCCAUCAAUUUGUGUUAAAUUUGAUAGAGUACUAACUAUUUAUUCUUAGUUGAAUCCGAAAAUUGUUAAAUAAUAUGUCAUAAUUCUUGUAAAUUUAAGCUUGUUACAUAUUUAUAUUGAACCUGCCAACGGGGCAUGUUUGGCGUUAAUCAUUAAUCGAUUAUUUGAUUAAAUCUUGCAUUAAACAAGUUACAAUAAAUAGUAAUGUUAAAUUAGUGUUCGAGUGGACUCUGCGUAUGCAAAUAAAUAAGUGAGGGAUUAUUGUUAUUA